AUGAGUGAGGACAUUGAUGUGUCCAAGUUGAAGGUCCCGGAGUUGAGGGCUGAAUUGGGGAGACGAGGGCUGAAUACUUUCGGCACGAAGCAGAUUCUGAUGGAUCGUUUAAAUGAUGCACUAAAAGCAGCAAAAUCAUCUGCUGAUAAGUGCGGCUUAGAUGAAACUAAAGAAAUUCCAUUGGAUCCUCUAAAUGUCUCCAAGCAAAAUAAUCAGAAUCCUGGACAGGAAGAGCGCAACCAAAGUCCCGUAGUAUCUCCUAGGCGGGGAUUUGAGAAUGGAGUGGCAAAUGACAAAGACGGUAAUCAUUCUGAUCAGUACCAAAAAUCAGACUCAGAAAACCAUAAGCGGAGACGUUCACCGUCACACUCUCCACGCCACAGAUCUCGAUCUCGAGAUAGGGACUCCCGUCGUUCACCACGCAGACGUUCAAGGUCUCCGCAACCGAAAUCGAAAAUGGUUGAAGAGCCAGAUAACUGGGAAAAGAGUGAAAAUGUCUUUCUUGAUACUUACAACUGUGACUUAAAUCUCAUUAUUGAUGCUACUAGUUUUCAAGCCAAACCUCAGACAGAAGGUGGUUUUUCACUAAUGUGGGCGGGAGUCAGAGCAAACUACGGUGUAAUCUCUGGGAAAGCUUUUUAUGAAGUUCGGGUUGUGAAAAAUAUCCAGGUGGAGAACUAUGACAGUCUCCUUGGCGGGGCCACUCAUGUGAUGCGAGUAGGCUGGUCUACGGAGAAUACCGACUUCGCACUUGGUGAGCAGCCACAGUCCUAUGGCUACGGGGGUACAGGCAAGAAAUCAUGCAACAAUAAGUUUUCUGACUACGGAUGCUCGUUCGGGGAAGGAGACGUAGUUGGCGCCUUUUUAGAGUGGACCGGUUCUGAGGCCGUACUCAAAUUCAGCGUUAAUGGUGUUGAUCAAGGGGAGUGCUAUCGUGUGCAAAAAUCGCAACUUGGCGAACGUUUCGCUUUGUUCCCACACAUUUAUGUGAAGAAUGUUGAGUUCGCAUGCAAUUUCGGACAAGACAAUCAGUCUCCUUGGUUCAACCCUGAUACAGCUGGUGAUGACCCGUUAUCAUGGCAGUUAAUGAACAAUCUCCCCAUCUCCUGCCGCGUACAUGGUCGCUGUCCACCGCAGUCAAAAUCAGAAUGCGAAGUGAUCAUGAUGAUAGGACUUCCUGGAGCAGGGAAAACGUAUUUCACUGAGCGUUACACAGCCGAGCACCGUGAGAAACAAUUUAAUGUUUUGGGGACAAAUCUAAUUCUGGAUAAGAUGAAGGUAAUGGGUAUUGCUCGUCAGCGUAAUUACCACGGAAGAUGGGAUGUCUUAAUUGACAAAUCAACAAAAUGUCUGAAUACACUGAUUGGUGUGGCGUGUAUGCGCCGUCGGAAUUACAUUUUGGAUCAGACAAAUGUGUACCCGUCAGCACAGCGCCGUAAAAUGCGUCCAUUUGAAGGUUUCAAGCGAAAGGCCAUUGUUAUCGUACCUACUGAUGAAGAAUUCAGGCGGCGAAUUGCCCAACGGGAAAAAGAGGAGGGCAAAGAAGUGCCUGAAACUGCAGUUCUCGAAAUGAAAGCAAACUUCGGCAUUCCUAAACCAAUAUCCGAAGACCCAUCUAGCGUAUUCGACGAGGUUAUUUUCACUGAGCUCGGUCUAGAAGAUGCUAAAACUUUAGUAACCCAAUAUAAUCAGGAAGGACAAGCGAAUAGACAACCUCCGGAAAAACGACAACGUUGGGAUGGAGGAAGUCGCGAUCGAGAUGACUCACGGGAUUCACGUUUUCGCGGGCGUGACGGUCGUGACAGAGGUCGGGACAUGGGACGUGGUCGUCGUGACGAACGCCGGAGCCCACAGGGCCGUCGGAAUGAUGACCGUGGUCGCCGUGAUUACAGGGGCGGUUACAACGCUUCGCGUGACCGUAGUCGGGAUGGAGAUCGCUAUGAACGCAAUAAUGACCGUGAAUCAUACGGGCGUCAUUCCGGUGGGAGGUUUAGUGGUGGUGGUCCUCAAGGUGGACGCUUUGGACCUCCGAACCGCGGAUCUUAUCCGGGUGGGAUGUCUGGUCCAGGCGGGUUUGGGGGAUAUGAUGGGUCACGUGGCGUCAUGAUGAGAGGUCCUGGGAGAGGGGGUUACCAAGCGCCUAACUUCGAUACACGUGGAAGUCGGGUUGGUUAUCGUGGUGCCAUGGAGCGAGGAAACACUGGUGGUUAUGGCGGGCCUAACGAUGCAAUGUAUGGACAUUAUGACAGCAAUACGACUGAUGGGGAACCUAUGAGCAGUGCGUAUGAUAUGGGUGAUCCUACAGCAUCAGCAAUUACCCAGCCAUCGUAUGAAGGUGGUCCCAUGAGUGGUGGCUUCCGAGGGGGAUACGGUGGUGCAGGUCGUGGAGCUCCAAUGCAGGGACGCAACGCGCUAGCUGGUGGCCGUGGUGGACCGCCGUCUGAUCGCGAAGUGGGUGGAGGUUUUUCAAACGAUAAUCAACAAUAUAGUCUAUAUGUGGCUGCGGACGGUUAUCAAAGUGCAGCUGAAGAAUCAUACUCCGGCUCUGGUAAUGACGACUAUCGUGGUCAACGAUUUGGUGGGACAGGUCCAUAUGGUGCGGGCGCAAUGCAGAGACCACCUGCUGGUAGUUAUCCUCCCUAUCAGAGAGGUAAUCCUCCAUUCCCACCUUCAGGUCCAGCUGGAUAUCCUAAUGCCCCCGGUGGGGGUGGUUAUGCAGGAAAUAGUGCACCAUACGGGAACGCUAAUUCUGGUCCGAACUAUCCAAAUUCAUACCCUAGUGACCAAAGCAGUUUCACAAACAGUGGCGCAGAUCCAUACGGUGGGCAAGCUGGACCUGACAGGUCCAGUAGACCCAAUAUUCAUCAGAAUCAAGGUGCAUCAUUUGGUGGUGGGUACGGUACAAGUGAUUCAGAAAAAGCCGGCGAACGUCCAAAUACUGAAGGAUCUGGCCUAUAUCCAUCUGGUGCAUCACGUUAUCCUGAUAGUCGUUCUGCUUCAGGUAUGCCACCAGCACCUAGACAGUCACGUUUUGAUACGAAACCAGAGGGCAGCGCUCUUCCUCAAUCGAAUGCAUAUCCCGAGUAUGGCGUGGGAUCUAAUUAUGCCAGUGGUUACACCAGUGGCUUUUCAAACGCAAAUCAGAAGGCAGGUUCCCUUCAAACAUCUAAUCCUCCUAGCGGUCCCAGAAGCGGUCGUAGCCGCUUUGAUGUUGGACCGCCUGCUGCUCAACCCGUACCACCUGUAACUGCCGUUCAGACUACUUCAGCUAAUACUUACAACCAACCUACUCAGUCACAGUCGACCAGUCGGUCACAACCUCAAGCUCAGCAGGGUGCAGCUUCCACCCAAGACAUCGGUGAGUUGCUUUUCAAUCUGUUCUGUUUUGUUUCUUUCGUUGGGUGUUUGCGAAAAUUUUGUUUUAUCUGACAAGAUGUUGUUCAUUUUCUCAAUGUAGUCUUUCUUGUCCAUAAGGACUAUACCGGCUCCUUUGUCUGGACGAGUUAUAAGGAGUUCUUCAUUUUGUUUUAGUUGAUUUAAUUCUUCUCUAUGUUGCCUUGUCAGGUGGUUGUAUACUUUUGGUUUUGUAUUAAGAUACUGAUAACAGCUAUCGAUUAUUGUUGAUUUGAAACGCUGCAAUUCUUGUUCGGAGGUUGGGGUUAAAUCAUUUGUUUGGGUCAUUAGGUUUUCGAAUUGUACUUGCGUAUGGAGUCUGUUGGCGUUUAAGUUGACGUCGCAGAAUUUU